GCGGCGGCCGCGCUGCGGGGAGAGGACGGCGGGCGGGCCGGCCGGGAGGAGGGAGAGAACUGGCUCGCGGCCGCGGCGCUGAAGUUUCCUGCCCGCCGCGCUCCCACCCUCUGCUGGCGGCCCGGGCCAUGCCGGAGCGCUGGGGUCGAGCGGCAGCAUGAAGGGCGGCGACCGCGCUUACACCCGAGGUCCCUCUUGGGGGUGGCUCUUUGCUGCCAAGUGCUGCUGUUGCCUCCCGUGCAGAGAUGCAUACUCCCAUUCCUCAAGUGAAAACGGAGGCAAGUCUGAGUCAGUGGCCAACCUGCAGUCUCAGCCCUCCCUGAACUCCAUCCACAGCUCCCCCGGUCCCAAGCGUUCCACUAACACCCUUAAGAAGUGGCUGACGAGCCCCGUGCGCCGGCUCAACAGCGGGAAAGCAGAUGGAAAUAUCAAGAAGCAGAAGAAAGUACGAGAUGGCCGGAAGAGCUUCGACCUGGGAUCUCCCAAGCCUGGGGAUGAGACGACCCCUCAGGGAGACAGUGCCGAUGAGAAGAACAAGAAAGGAUGGGGUGAAGAUGAGCCAGAUGAAGAGUCACACACCCCCCUCCCUCCACCUAUGAAGAUCUUUGACAAUGACCCUACGCAGGACGAGAUGAGUCUAGAAGGAGGCUCAUACCGGGGAAGCCUGAAAGACCCUGUAGGCUGCCUGAAUGAGGGAAUGACCCCACCCACACCUCCUAGAAACCUGGAAGAAGAACAGAAAGCCAAGGCCCUGAGGGGCAGGAUGUUUGUCUUGAAUGAGCUGGUACAGACAGAAAAAGACUAUGUCAAAGAUCUGGGGAUUGUGGUGGAGGGCUUCAUGAAGAGAAUAGAAGAAAAGGGUGUCCCUGAGGACAUGCGAGGAAAGGAUAAAAUCGUGUUUGGAAAUAUUCACCAGAUUUACGACUGGCAUAAGGAUUUUUUCCUGGCUGAACUGGAAAAAUGUAUCCAGGAGCAAGACAGGCUGGCACAGCUCUUCAUCAAACACGAGCGGAAGCUGCACAUCUACGUGUGGUACUGCCAGAACAAACCGCGCUCAGAGUACAUCGUCGCGGAGUACGACGCUUACUUUGAAGAGGUGAAACAGGAGAUAAAUCAAAGGUUGACACUUAGUGACUUCCUUAUCAAGCCCAUUCAGAGAAUCACAAAAUACCAGUUGCUCCUCAAGGACUUCCUGAGAUACAGCGAGAAGGCUGGUUUGGAGUGUUCAGAUAUCGAGAAAGCAGUGGAGUUAAUGUGCCUUGUUCCAAAACGCUGCAAUGACAUGAUGAAUCUGGGACGCCUGCAGGGCUUUGAGGGCACCCUGACCGCUCAGGGGAAGCUGCUGCAGCAGGACACGUUCUAUGUGAUUGAGCUGGACGCAGGCAUGCAGUCCCGGACCAAGGAGAGGCGCGUGUUCCUCUUUGAGCAAAUCGUUAUCUUCAGUGAACUGCUAAGGAAGGGAUCCCUCACCCCGGGCUACAUGUUCAAAAGGAGCAUCAAGAUGAAUUACUUGGUCCUGGAGGAGAACGUGGACAAUGACCCCUGCAAGUUUGCCCUCAUGAACAGGGAGACUUCAGAGAGGGUCAUUCUGCAAGCUGCCAACGCGGACAUCCAGCAGGCCUGGGUGCAGGACAUCAAUCAAGUCUUAGAAACACAGCGAGACUUCCUAAAUGCACUACAGUCGCCCAUUGAGUACCAGCGGAAAGAAAGGAACACAGCUGUGAUGAGGUCCCAGCCAUCUAGAGUUCCCCAAGCCAGCCCCAGGCCCUACUCCUCUGUCCCCGGGGGCUCUGACAAGCCCCCAAAGGGCUCCAGCUAUAACCCGCCUCUGCCACCCCUGAAGAUAUCUACCUCCAAUGGCAGUCCAGGGUUUGACUAUCACCAGCCUGGGGACAAGUUUGAGGCCACCAAGCAGGGCGACCUGGGGGGCUGCAAUGGGACCUCCUCCAUGGCCGUGAUCAAAGAUUACUAUGCACUGAAGGAGAACGAAAUCUGUGUGAGCCAAGGUGAGGUAGUCCAGGUCCUCGCCGUCAACCAGCAGAACAUGUGCCUGGUGUACCAGCCGGCCAGCGACUGUUCCCCUGCGGCCGAGGGCUGGGUCCCGGGCAGCGUCCUGGCACCCCUCACCAAAGCCACCGCGGCAGCAGAAAGUAGUGACGGAAGCAUCAAGAAGUCAUGUUCAUGGCAUACCCUACGAAUGAGAAAGCGGGCGGAAGUGGAGAACACGGGUAAAAAUGAAGCCACAGGGCCUCGUAAACCCAAGGAUAUUCUGGGCAACAAAGUCUCUGUUAAAGAGACGAACAGUUCCGAGGAGUCAGAGUGUGAUGAUCUUGACCCUAAUACUAGCAUGGAGAUCUUAAAUCCAAAUUUCAUCCAAGAAGUGGCCCCAGAAUUCCUUGUGCCCUUAGUGGAUGUGACCUGCUUGCUUGGGGACACAGUGACAUUGCAGUGCAAAGUCUGUGGGCGGCCGAAGCCCACCAUCACCUGGAAGGGUCCAGACCAGAACAUCCUUGACACUGACAACAGCUCGGCCACAUACACCGUCUCCUCCUGUGAUUCUGGGGAAAUCACCCUGAAGAUCUGCAAUCUGAUGCCCCAGGACAGUGGGAUUUAUACCUGCAUAGCAACGAACGACCAUGGCACCACAUCUACGUCUGCUACAGUUAAAGUGCAAGGUGUUCCAGCAGCCCCUAACCGCCCCAUUGCCCAGGAGAGAAGCUGCACUUCUGUGAUUCUCCGCUGGCUGCCUCCCUCCAGCACUGGGAACUGCACUAUUUCUGGUUACACCGUGGAGUACCGGGAGGAAGGUUCCCAGGCCUGGCAGCAGUCUGUAGCUUCGACCUUGGACACUUACCUCGUCAUCGAAGACCUCAGCCCUGGGAGUCCUUAUCAGUUCAGAGUCAGCGCCAGUAACCCCUGGGGGAUCAGCCUUCCCAGCGAGCCCUCAGAGUUUGUGCGACUCCCAGAGUACGAUGCUGCUGCUGAUGGUGCCACCAUUUCUUGGAAGGAUAAUUUUGAUUCAGCUUAUACUGAGCUGAAUGAAAUUGGAAGAGGCCGUUUCUCCAUCGUAAAGAAAUGCAUUCACAAAGCUACCCGCAAGGAUGUCGCUGUGAAAUUUGUUAGCAAAAAAAUGAAGAAAAAAGAGCAGGCCGCCCACGAGGCUGCCCUACUUCAGCACCUGCAGCACCCCCAGUACAUCACUCUCCAUGACACUUAUGAGUCCCCCACAUCCUACAUCCUGAUUUUGGAACUGAUGGAUGAUGGCCGGCUCUUAGACUACCUUAUGCAUCACGAUGAGCUGAUGGAAGAGAAAGUAGCUUUCUAUAUCCGAGACAUCAUAGAAGCUCUGCAGUAUCUUCACAACUGCAGGGUGGCCCAUUUGGACAUCAAGCCGGAAAACCUGCUCAUCGACCUUCGCAUUCCAGUACCUCGAGUGAAGCUCAUCGACCUGGAGGAUGCUGUCCAGAUCUCGGGCCACUUCCACAUCCACCACCUGCUGGGGAACCCCGAGUUUGCUGCCCCAGAAGUGAUCCAAGGCAUCCCUGUCUCCCUGGGCACAGAUAUCUGGAGCAUCGGGGUGCUGACAUAUGUCAUGCUGAGUGGGGUGUCCCCCUUCUUGGAUGAGAGUAAAGAGGAGACAUGUAUCAAUGUGUGCAGGGUGGACUUCAGCUUCCCGCACGAAUACUUCUGUGGUGUGAGCAAUGCCGCCAGAGACUUCAUCAAUGUGAUCCUACAGGAAGACUUUCGGAGGAGGCCCACGGCAGCCACCUGCCUGCAGCAUCCCUGGCUGCAGCCCCACAAUGGCAGCUACUCCAAGAUCCCCCUGGACACCUCCCGCCUGGCGUGCUUCAUAGAACGCCGCAAGCAUCAGAACGACGUGCGGCCUAUCCCCAAUGUCAAGAGCUACAUCGUCAACCGAGUAAACCAAGGGACAUAGCCAUCUCCUGGCCCUUGGGGUUUCACAUGGAAGUGCAGUGUGAACCAAAGCAAGACUGAAUGUCUGUAAAUAAUUCUGUUAGUUCACUCCAUGCAGUUCUCUGGAUCGAGCGAUGUACCUCUUAAACCUCGUCAGUGGUUAUUCAGGGUCUGGGCAGCCGUAAAAUUACCCUAAAUCCAGGGACAUUUCAGAAGGUCAUUUGGAAGAGGUAAAGAUGCAAAGAGUCACCCAAAGCAUUAAAGAGAGGGCCAAGGAGGACAAGAAUAUUAGCUGUUAGACAAUUUUAAUAGAGUGUUCCAAAAUGAGUGGUUAACCGGGCAAACCCAAAGCUCACUGUGGUGAGUAUAAAAGGUUUCUAACUCUGCUGAAAUUUUAAGCAAAAAGUUCUAUUUAACAGAGACAUCAUGUAUGCCAACUAUUCUGGUUUAGAUUACUUAGAUAUAGUUUCUUAAUAGGAUACAUAUACACAUACAGUAAAAUAUAUCCCAUUCAGGUUUCAGAGUUUUAUAAUAUAGAGGUAUAUAUGAAAUCAAUCAUAAGUAACUUUGAGUGCUCCAGUUAAGACAGUAAUUUAUUUACCGAAGCAUUACGUUGUUUUGACUAAGCACAAUUAGAUGACAAGUUUUUUAGAGCAUUUUAUAAAUCUUGUAUAGAAAUCUUUUACCAGAACCCGUGCAUUAAGAGAAAGCAAUGUUACCCUUUUGCAGUCCGUGAAUGAGAAGAUUUUUCUCUCAGUCACAAGUAUUUGAUUAACAUAGGUUCUGUAUAUGAAAUGCUACCCCCAAAUUCACUGGCAGCUCAGAGUUCAUCUGGCAGGAAAGCCUGCCAGAAAAGAAGUCCAAAUACAGUAAGAGUUCUGGGGUUAUUUUUAUGUCUACACUCGGUUUGAACUAGGUAAUGAAUAUAACAGGUUCAUACAAAAGGGCAAGUAGAAACCUUUCCUACGGUUCCUAAGAACAACGUAACGACACUUUCUGACUUCUUCUACAGCUGUAGAAGGCAGUCCUCAGAAAGUUGGCUUGCUUUAUUUCUAACCCCUUCUGGAAGCUAAGGGGUGCUUACCAAAAGGAGGCAGCCAUAUAGGCCUUUUAAAGGCCUGGUCCCAAGUCCUUUUUGAAGCCAUGGAAUAAAAUCUGAUAUAUCACUCUAACAGAGCAUUGAGUUUCAACUGUGAUUGCAAUACCUGUCACCACUCAGCCGCUGAUAUUUCCCUGGACCAAAAGGACUCAUUGCACUUUGAGGCCAAUGCUGCUUUCUGGCAUGUAUUCUCCACACACAGUGAUUCUGAACUGCCCUUUCCCCUGCUAGUGGGGGAAAA